AUUGUUUUAAGUAUUCUACCACGGGAGGCUGUAUCUGAACAUCCAAAGCUCAUCAUCGAUUUGGCUGAUGAGCUAACAAACAUCGAGAAUUUUCAUUCUGCUCUCAAAUACUAUUUGCUAGCAAUCAAUGACACUCUGAAUAAUGGCUAUUUGCUUGUGAAAGCUGCUCGCUGUUAUAUGUCGUUGGAAAAACGAGAACAGGCCAUCGUUUUCUAUUACAGAGCUUUGAAUGAACUCAGUGAUCCAAUUGAUGCUCGCAUAACUCUGGCUUCACUUCUCCUGGAAGAUGGCAAACGAGAUGAAGCUAUAUCAGUGCUUUCUCCUCCGGAAAAUCCAGAUCUUGACACGUCUAAACAGAAGGCAUGGUGGAAGAAAAGAAAGAUCAGGAUGCAUCUUUGUCAGAUCUAUCAUUCGGAAGGGAUGCUUGAGGAAUUUGCCAAUACAGCAUUGCAGUUGGUUCUCAAGUGGGUUUGGCGGCGUACGGUCAAGGGAAAAAGAAAACGAUCGGUUCUUUCGGAGCUUCAAAGAAAUAGAAGACGCCGACGUCCUAGAGAUCCUCAAGCUUCCGAGUUGAGAGGCGGACCCAAAAAGUGGCGCAAAAACAGGGCAACACUAAAUGAAACAAAAAGAAUCAGAGAACGGUCUGCUAUUAAAGCUCAUAACGAAGAUAUGUGUAGUGACUCUGAGGAAGAAGCUAUCAAGGAUGAAGAGUAUCACCGUCUCUUUGUUGAUUUGUGCAAGGCUUUGGCUUCCCUGCAGAGAUAUUGGGAAGCUCUUGAGAUAGUUAACCUGGCUCGUAGAUUGGACGCCAAAAUGCUACCUGUUGAGAAGAAAAAAGAGCUUCAGUCACUUGGAGCUAAGAUAUCAUGUGAUACUAUGGAUCCAAAGCAGUGGUUUGACUGUGUAAGAUCUGUCAUUCAGCAACACCCAUAUCGUCUGAAUGCCUGGAACUGCUAUUACAAAGUCAUCUCAAGACUAGGGAAAAGAGCAUCGAGUGAAGCUAAGUUCAUGCAUCACUUAAGAAGCAAGUACAGGGAUUGUGUACCCCCUAUUCUGAUCGCUGGUCAUCAUUUCACCGUGACAAGCCGACAUCAAGAUGCUGCUAGAGAAUACCUUGAAGCAUAUAAACUAAUGCCAGAUAGCCCUUUAAUCAACCUCUGCGUAGGAGCUGCUUUAAUCAACUUAGCACUCGGUUUCAGACUCAAGAACCGGCAUGAGUGUCUCGCUCAAGGCUUUGCGUUUCUAUACAACAAUAUAAGAAUCUGCAGCAACAGUCAAGAGGCGUUGUAUAACGUUGCUCGGGCGUAUCACCACGUAGGUCUUGUGACUCAUGCGGCUUCAUACUACGAGAAGGUUUUAGCGAUCUACGAGAAAGAGUAUCCAAUGCCGAAACUCACAAAUGAAGAUCCAAACGUUGGGGAAGAGCGUAAACCUGUUAACUGUGACCUACGCAAAGAGGCUGCUCACAAUCUGCAUUUGAUCUAUAAGCACAGCGGAGCGUUUGAUCUCGCGAGGCAGGUCUUAAAGGAUCACUGCACUUUCUGAGUUUCGUCUGUCUUGUAAACUCUGCAACCAACUAUUAUUAUUGUCUUAAGGUUG